GUUCGUCCGAGCCUCGGCGAUGCAGUGUUAAUCCAUUAUCUCGACGGUGGAAAAAGACCGGAACUCGUCGCCGAGGCAUGGUCGCGACCCCUCCCUCGUUACGACGACGACGACGACGACGGACAAAGUAAGGGGGAUACGGAAGAAACGCUCGAUGUAUCCGGGGAUGAGGGGGAUACUAGAAGUCACGAGAUGUCCCCAGGUCCUACACAUCGCCACGCUUUUCGUGCUGCCGAGUCGUCAGUAUCAAAGUCUAUAGAACUGCAAUUUCUCGCGACAAACGCGCUUGCCGCUGCUAAAGCGGCAUCGAAACCGGUAGAUACGGAUGGUUCGCAAGUAGCUGAUGACGAUUCUAGAGUUGCGCAAAGAGCGACGCCGGCUUCAGGCUUCAGGUUAGAUGGCGCUCGAGAUGAUAUUACGAUGAAAGAUGUAAACAGACCCGUUCUCCAGGCGCCUAUCUCUCCUUACGGAUCGCAGGGCCCGCAAGAACUGUAUUCUCCUCGUAGUUACCCCGGCCAGGUCCUGAUGCAUCCAAACAAUGUUCGGUCACCUCCUGGUUUAAAUACUCCCACGGACCGCGGGGAAUUACCUCCAAUACAAGAAGUGUCUCCAAAAUCCGACUCGACCAACCAUGAUCCGCUGCCCUCGAUAAGGUCUCAGCUAUUUGAUCAGCUCACAGGUCCUACGAAAGAACUGCCUUUACAUAAUGGACCCCAAUAUCCUCAUUCUCCCCCGGGUGGCCCACCACGUAUCGGCGGAAUUCCCGGGAAUCAUGCAUCGCCUCCAAUAUCCCCCAAUGAUGCGUAUCGUUCGAGCAUGCCUUCCCCAGCUCAUACUCUUCCAGGCGCUAGCGGCGGUGAGGUAUCGACACCCGCCACUUCUAUCACGGAACGGAUGAGCAUCGAUAAUAUGACAAAUCCAGCUGUCGGCGCAUUUGUCUGUACCGUACAAGGUUGUACUGCGCCCCCGUUUCAAACGCAGUAUCUGCUCAAUUCGCACGCAAACGUACAUUCUUCGGCCCGUCCACAUUAUUGUUCUGUAAAGGGAUGCCCGCGAAGCGAGGGCGGGAAAGGCUUUAAGCGUAAAAAUGAGAUGAUCCGUCAUGGCCUUGUCCAUGAUUCGCCUGGGUACGUGUGUCCGUUCUGUCCAGAUCGGGAACACAAGUAUCCCAGGCCGGAUAAUCUGCAAAGGCACGUACGGGUUCAUCAUGUCGAUAAAGAUAAGGAUGACCCGGCCCUUCGCGACGUGCUCUCGCAGCGCCCAGACGGACCUAACCGAGGACGGAGGCGUCGCGGCGGCCCAUAGAGAUAUCCGGAGAGCGGGGAUAAAGAGGGACAAAAAAAGACGAGGAACGCGAGG